ACUUUGAGUUUAGAAGAGACAACCGUUGAUCGAGAUGAAAAUUAUGUUUACAGUUUAUACUUUUGUAUUCUUAUCUAAAAUAAAAUAAAGUUUACAGCUACAAAAUAUAUAAAUAUAAAAAAAUAUUAGACGGCAGAAAAGAGGAAAAUUAAUGUUUAUGCAUGUUUGUUACUAGGUGUAUUUUUUGGUGUAUAUAGUUUUAACUUUUACUGUCUUAAGUCAACUAGAACUAUGGGAUCAACUAAUAUUCAGACUGCAAUUAGAGUUAGGCCUCUAAUAGAAAGGGAGAAGAAGGAAAAACUAGAAACAAUGUGGCUAGUAAAAGAAAAUAGCAUUGUUCAACUAGAUUCAUAUCAGAAUUUUGUGGGUGAACCUUAUAGCUUUGAUCACAUUUUUGACCACACCAAAUCAAAUCAAGAUGUUUAUAAUAGUGUAGUAAAGCCUCUUGUCAUGUCUUGUCUGGAAGGUAUACAUGCAACUAUAUUUGCUUAUGGACAAACAUCGUCAGGUAAAACACAUACUAUGUUGGGAGAUAAAAAUGUUCCUGGCAUAAUCAGUUAUGCUGUUCAAGAUAUUUUUUCUUAUAUAAAAGAAACUUCAACAAGAGAUUUUUUAUUAAGGUGUUCAUAUUUGGAGAUUUACAACGAAAAAAUUAAUGAUCUGUUAGACACAAAUGCAACAGAUAUAAAGAUAAGGGAAGGUUACGAUUCAGGCGUUUAUGUUGAGGCUAAGGAAGAAGUAAUAAGGGAACCUUUAGAACUAUUUAAUAUCAUGAAAAGGGGAAUGAAAACUCGGAAAAUAGGGUGUACAGAUAUGAAUGAACGAUCUAGUCGAUCUCAUACUAUUUUUAAAUUGGUUAUCCAUUCUCAAAACAAAGGAGAUUCAGAAGUUUCUAAAACAACAGAAUCAACUUUAAGUCUUGUAGACCUUGCUGGAUCAGAACGCGUUGGUCAAAUGAAUAUGGGUGGCGUCCGACAAGCAGAAGGUGUAUCAAUUAACAAAUCCCUGACAACAUUAGGACUAGUCAUCAGAAAACUUAGUGAAAACGAAACUUACAUUAAUUACAGGGAUUCAAAACUCACCCGUUUAUUGCAGGAUUCUUUGGGAGGCAAUUCCAGCACUUUAAUUAUAGCUACUGUAACUGUAGCAGCGGAAGAAACAAAAUCAACAUUGGAAUUUGCCCAAAGAGCAAAAAAAGUAAAAAAUCGACCCAUAAUCAAUGAGAAAGUCACUGACAAAGAGCAACUGAAACAGUAUGAACAUUUAUGUCAGGAUUAUAAAAAACAAGUUGAGAAAUUACGACUGGAGAAAAUGGAGAGGGAAAAAACUAUUGAAGCUUUAGAAGGUAAAAUUGGCAAUAUUAAACUGUUUACUGCAGGGAACGAUGAACGACCUCGAAGUAGAAUACCUUCUAGAAGACACACCUUGGGAUUUUAUAAAAGUCAUGCAAAACUAGGUUUGCCAAUUUUUAAUGAUGAGUGUGAUCAAGAUGAAUUUAUCAAACCACUUCCGUUAUCACCAGUCAAAUCUGAGAUUUGCUUUAGAAUGUCUAACUCUGAUGAUAAAGAAAACUCGAUAAUUCAGUCACCUCCUCUUACACCUAUAAAUUGUCAGGAGUUUAAAUUUUUAGAGCCUCCAAAAACACCUUAUUCUUCCUUAAAAACCGAAAAGGUACUUCUAGAAGAAUCUUAUGAAAACCUUAAAGAGUUUACUACGUUUGAAAAGUUGUUACAAGACAAAGGGGAUGAAGUACAGGAGCUGCAGAAAAUAAUUGACAAUUUAAGAAACGAAAAUUGUAAAUUACAGGAACAAAAACUAAAAUGGCAGGAAAUGGUGCAUGAAGAUAAUACAUAUUUGUCUGAUAGGCUCGUUCUUUUAGAAAAUAUCUUAAAGCGUGAUGAACCUAGUAAAAGAGGAUCUCUAACCACCAUUUUGGAAGAAGAACUUGAACUUUUUUCUGAUAACAUCGAGACUUCGGAUCACAGUAUAGAUUCUGAUAGUUUAAACUCCAAAGAAGAUGAAGAACUUAAUAGAUUGAAACAGUUGGUCGAACAGUUUAAGUGUGACUUAUCAAACAAGGACAUGGAAUUAACUAUUCUCACAGAAGAAAUUAGAAAUUGUAGGAACAAAAUUAUUCAAAAAGAUGAAAUUAUUGAGAACCUUCAAAAAAAGAUCAUACAAGAACAGGAUGUUAAAGAAGCCGAAUUGGAAAUUUUAAAUAACAAAAUUAUUAAAUCAAAUCAGUAUAAGGAAAUGAUGCAUACUGAAAUUGCAAAGUUAAAAUGUCAGAAUGAGGAACUUCAGAAUCAGUGUAACACAGAGUCUGAAAAAAAUACAAUUAAUGACUUAAGGGCAUUAUGUGAUAAUUUAAGAUCUAAAUUGACAUUUACUGAGUCUCAAGUAUCCGACUUACAGAAGACUAAUAUGGCUUUGGAGGAUAAAUUACAAAACAGUAUCGCUGAACUUCAGGCAUAUGACAUUUUAAAAGGUGAAAUGGAGCAGUUAAAAUCUGAUGAAAAAAAUGAUGCUGAUAAGUUGCGAGAAGCAAAUGUGGAAGAAAUUAAUAGAUUACAAUCUGAACUAUGUAACAGAAAAUCUGAAAUACAGAAACUAAUAUCUGAUUUAGAGUCUUCUCAAUCUCAACUUGCGGGUAAACAACAGGAGUUAGAAUGCACUAGUCAGGAAUUAGACCUUUCAAAAAAACGUAUUAACGAUCUUGAAGCCUCCGUUCUUGAAUUGGAGACUAAAUUAACGAGCAACGCUACUGAACUUCAAGAUUUAGUUGCUUUAAAAAGGCAAAAGGACUUACUUAUAUCUGAAAAUGACAAUAAAGAUAAACAAAUCGAAUUACUACAGAACUCAAAUGAUGAACUAAAAAAUAAUGGUUCUUUAUUGGCAGAAAAGGAGCUACAAAUCAAACAUCUAAAUUCUGAAAUUGAAAAACUACAAACAGAAUUAGACGAUGUGAAUUUCCAACUGACAGGAGAGCAACAAGAAUUAGAAAGUACUAAUCAACAAUUGGAAUUGGCAAAACAACAUGUAAAACACCUUACAGCUGAAGUACUUGCCUUGGAAGCUGAAGUAACGAACAGUAAGUCUGGGCACCAGGAAUGUGAUUCCUUAAAACACCAACUAGACUUGCUGAAGUCUGAAAGUGUAAACAAAGACCAAAAGAUUGAAAUACUUGAAAAAUCAAAUCAUGAUCUAAAUAAUGAAAUUGCAUCUGUGGCGGAAAAAGAUAAAAAAUUGGAGGGAUUAAAUAUCGAACUUUUGGAGCAAAAAUCUCAACUAGAAAAACUUGAGUCUGACUUAAAAGACGCCUAUUCCCAAAUAAACCGUAAGCAACAGGAAUUAGAAGAUACUGUUCGGGAAUUAGAGUCUGUAAAACAACAUAUUGUAGAUUAUGAGACCAAAGUUGUUUCUUUACAAAGUGAUCUAUUGAAAGUUACCCUUCAAAUUCAAGAAUACGAUUCUCAAGAAAAGCAAUUGAAUCAAUUGAAAUCAGAUUGCAUAUUUAAAGAUGAUGAGAUUCUCAUAUUAAAAAAGUCAAGUCAAGAUUUAAUUGCCGAGCUAAAGGAGCGUAAUGAGUCAGAGAAAACAUUAAAGGAUGAAAUUGACCAUUUGAAUAGUCAAAGUCUAAGUAAAGAUGCGGAAAUAGGUGAGCUAAGAAACACAAUUGACAAUCUAAUGGGACAGAUUACCCUGCUAGAGCAAAACAUGAAAGAAUUAAAAUCCCAGCUUCUUGACAAAAUAACUGAAUUAGAUUUAUUGCAGUCAGAGAACUGCAAAAUUAAUGUAUUACAAAAAGCAAACUCUGACCAGUUAAAAGAGCGAAAUGAGUACAAUGAGAAAGUUAAAGUAUUAGAGGAACAAAUUUGCCAAUUAAAAGGUGAAAAUUUAAAUAAAGAUACCCAAAUAAAUAAACUGGAGGGGACAGUCAAUAAUCUUUUGGAACAAAUUUCCAUCCUAGAGAAAAACAUAAACAAUUUACAAUCAGAGCUUGUGAGAGAAAAAACAACUCAACUUGAUUCUUUGCAGUCUGAAAACAGCAAGAUUGAAGUGUUACAAAAAUCAAAUUCUGAUUUAAAUGAGAAAAUCUCUACUUUAGCAGAACAGGGGCAGAGAGUGGAACAAGUAGCCUCUGAACAAAAAUUGCAAAUUGAAAAGCUCAAAUCAGAAUUAAAUUGCAAGUGUCAAGAGUUAGAUUUUGCAAAACAACAGGUUCAAGAAUUUAAAGCAAAAGUUGUGAACUUAGAAACUCAACUUAACGUUAGGACUUCGGAGAUUAACGAUUCUUUAAAACAUGAAUUGGACUUGCUUAAAUCCGAAGGUGCAAAUAAAGAUAAAGAAAUUAACAAGUUACAGAAAUCUAACGACUAUCUGAACCAGAAAAUAGCAGAAAAAGAUGCUGAAAUACUGAAAAAACAAGAAGACUUAAAGUAUGCUACUCAGGAGUUUCAGGUAACAAAAGAACAUAUUAGCAAUCUUAAAACUAAGAUUACUGAUUUAGAAGCUGCAUUAAAAAAUAGUGCUAUAGAACUUCAAAACUAUGAAUCUCUAAAAGGUCAACUAAAUUUACUAAAAUCUGAAAGCGUUACUAAAGAUCAGGAUAUCCAUAAGUUGCGCAAAUCAUUGGAAGACAAUGUUUGUAAUAUGGAAUCACUACAAAAUUCCAUUUUCACACUCAAGAAUUCCAGGGAAGAAUCCAUAAAAGAAGUCUUGCACCUGAAAAGUAAGUUAGUCCAAACCGAGACUAAAUUACAAGAAAAAGUCCGCCAUAUCGAGUCUCUGGAAAAUACCAUCGCGACACUGCAGAGUUCUAGAGACCAAUCCAUAAAGGAGGUAUCUCAUCUGAAAAGUAAGUUAGCCCAAACUGAGAAGGAUUUAGAGAUUAAAAAUAGUAAAAAGUUAAAAGAUAUAGAAAACUUAUCAGAGAUUGAAUAUGCCAGAAUACAAGAUUUGCUAAUAGCUAGGGAAAGAGAUCUGACAAAUAAAAUAGAAGAAAAUGAGAACCUUAAAAAGGAAAAUUACAAUCUAAACCAAAAAAUUCGGCAUCUACAGGUUGAAAUAAAUGAUCUUAAAACAAAAAUGAGAGAGAGCUAUAAAGAUGCUUCUGAGGUGGAUGAUCUUAGGAUGCAGUUACGCAUUCUGGAAUCUGAAGCAAAAGAGAAAAAACUUCAAGCUCAAUAUGCUCGUGAGGAUUAUUUAACUUUAAAACGUUCCUACAACUCAUUGGAAGAAAAGUUACUUUUGAGCAAAAAGGAGCUCGCUGAUCAGAAAAAGCUGUCUACAAAAAGCGAGAAAACGUUGGAAAUUAUAAAAAAUGUCAUGGAAAAAAACGAUUUUGGCCUUAAGUACAUGCCCUUUGAGCAGCAACUUACUGAACUAAUCCUAAAAGUAAAAAGUUUAAGUAAAGAUUUAGCGGAAGCGCAUGCUGAAGUGAACUUAAAAUCUUCUCAACUUUCAACAGCACAAGCUGAAUUAAGUAAAAUUUCUUCGGAUCAUCAGUCCUGCAUUAAAUCUAUUGAAAAUUUAACCCGGGAAAAAAAUGAUCUUCAAUACAAGUUGGCUGAAGCUGAGAAAUCAUUGGCAAGGGAACAGAAAAAAAUUGAAUUGAAUGCAGAAGAACUAGUACAAGCUGAGAGGCGUUGUAAAGACCUACAAGAAAAAUUAAAGUUACAAAGAGAUAAGAUGAUUUCAUUUAAAGAAAAGCUAAGUGCCAAAGAACAAGAAGUUCUAAGUUUAGAAGCUAAAGUGGGUGAACUGUUGAAGUUUAAGAAAACACUCCAAGAUUCUCAGGAAAAGAUUGUGGUUCCAAGAAGAUCGGACGAGAGUAGCAGGUCGAUGUCUCCAAAUGACCUUAGGAAAGUUAAGAGGCAGCUACUGCUGGACCAAAGGAGAGGAUUGAGUCCAGAUAUCGCUAGUUCAGAUGAGGAUUCGAAUGGUUGUGAAACGUGCGUUAAACUCAAUACUAAAAUCUCCUAUCUUAAAACUGUUAACGAAAUACUUAAAGAACAGAUGGGCGAAUUAAAUAGUGACAUUCGGGAUUUAGACAAAGAAAAUGAAGAUUUAGAAAUUAAAGUUAAAAACAUGGAGGAGAGAAGAGAUUCUCUAGAAAAAGAAAAUGCUGAUCUGAGGGUUACAAUUUCCUGGUUAAGUAAACAAAGCAAUUCAAAGGGAAAUGGACCUAAUGUUGAAAAAGGCGUGCAGGUUGAGUGUAAUAGUGAUAUCCAAGAAAAACUAGAGUUAUAUAAAAAACUUGCAGUAACGAGGCGAAAAGAGGCCAAUAUCUUAAGGUCUAAAUUGGGGUUACCUUUGGAUUGUCCUGUGCUGCAAAUGCAAAAAAAUCAUGACGACGUGCCUUAACUUUACAAUUAUAGAUUAUUUUGUAAAAUUACAAUUUAGUCAUGAGUUAAAAAGAAAGUGGAACAAGAAUGUUAAAGAUUUAACAAACCAAGUUUAAAUAAUUUUAGUUUUAGCCUUAAAUUUCGACAAACUUAUAUGUUUGGAAUCAAGGUCUGUAUAUUUUUAAUGCCUUAAGACUGAUCUUUUUGUGUAACUUUAUAAUAUGAUGUGAUGUUACCACCAUGUGAUAAUAGAGUAUUAGUGCCAUUUUAAUGGGACUAUUAAGUUUUUAAAACGAUAAUUAGAUUAUAUUUUAACACUGUGUGGCUAAUAAUUUUGUAAAUUUUAGUGUCUAAUUAAUGUAUUCAUCCCCAAUUUUUUCAUAAUUUAAUAAAAUAUAAAUUUCAUUUUCCAGAAAUGUAAUUAUAUAUGGACUAGUUUUAGGGAAAAAAAUAUACCAGUUUUUUUUCUUGAACGCGAGAGCCGAACGUAGAGAGUAGAAAGCAAAAAAAAAAUCGAAUUAUACUGUAGAAAAUUACAAUUUUUUAGUAAUUAUUUAGGGUUUAUAGUGAUGCUUUAUUAGAAAAAACUAGUUAAAACUAAACAAAACAUAAAAAAAACACAAAUUUUUAAUCUUAGCGGAUUGUAAAAGGCCAAAGAAAGAAAUAUGAAAAAACUGCAUUGAGUAAAAAAAAACAAUAUAAACAAGAUUUACGAGAAAAAUAAAGCAUAUAAUUUUAAUUGUUUUUAAAUAAUUCAAUAUGUUUAUAAUUUUGUGUGAAAAACGUUUAAUUUACUUUAGUUUAAGAAAAUAAAGAAUAUUAAGGACAUGAUUUUAAAUUACAAAAAAAUAGCAACGCGACUCAAAUGAUAAAAAGAUAGGUCUGUACUCUUACAAGUCGGAUAAUUGGGAUUUUCUUUGUAUUUUUGCAUUUGUCCUUUGUUUUUCUGGUUGCCUCUUCCUGAAGAAGCCAAUAAGCAUCGAUUAAAAUAUAAACAAAAUACAAGUACAAAUGAUUGUAAUGUACUACAACGAUAUUGGUGACGCCGCAAAUAUCAGCUGUUCUUUAUCAUUCCGGAAUCAUCGUGGUGAUGCAAGCGGUCACACUGCACGUCUUUGGAGACGCGUGGAAGGACAGCGAAUCUUCCAGAAUAUAUAUAAGGAGUGGAUAGUACGGAAUCUUUUGGGCUGACUGGAUGGCACUAUAUCAUAAAAUAUUAAUCAGCGUCAGUUUAAAGCGGCUCCAAAAGCAAACGAUUGAUCAUAUAGGGAGAAAGCCAUUGCCCUUACUUUGGCCUUAAGAGAUGUGGCAGCCAUCCUGCAAAGAAUAUCCCCAGAAGAACAAGUGUACGACCACCUAGUGAGGCAUUUGGAGAUGUGCUACUAUGUGUGGUUCGACUGGUAUAUCCUGAUGUCCCGGAAAUAAUCAUGGAGGUUUGGCAGUUCAAGCAUUCGUAGAUGGACUCGUGUCCGGCAAGUGAUUCCAGAAGAGAAAUGCUUUGAGGAAUCGGUAAAGCGGAUUUUUAGGGAGGCGAUUGGAGCACGUAGCCGGUAUGACCGGAAAUUGGGCUGUUGCAAAUGUGACAAAGUAGUUCACAAAAAAAGACACUCUCCAGAAGGCGCCAAACUAAGGAAGAUCGGUGUUAUCGUCUAUUCAGCUAGCCGUAGCAAGAAGACUUUAUCCGGAGGACUGUAAAAAGCAUUGUCAGCGAACAGAGGAGAAAUUCAGUUGUUAAGAACCACGACCACAGAUGUAAAUAGCUCCGCACUAUGUAUGUAAUGUGCGGAGCUCUUUACAUCUGUGCUACCACCUUCCAUAAUACUUGGCAAAAUGGGGAUCUUAUAAAAGACUAAGAGGACGAUAUCUAGAUACUUGUAGUCUGGAUAAAGAAAAGGAAGAAGCCAACUUGGAAAGAAGUUGCCAACUAUUUUCCUAACGUCAUAUUGGUCACAAUGGCACUCCCGAAUUUUGGAAGAUAGACUCUUGGCGGCGGAAAGUAGUUGACCAGAGGAAAUAAGGAGAAUCGUUGUGUUUCAAUGUCGGAUUUCGGUGUUGUUAGAGGAAAUCCAUGCCGGUGUGGCAGGAGGACAUCUUGGAGUAAGAAAGACCAUGCGCAAAGUGAAGGCAAGAUUUUACUGGGUCAAUAGCAAUGUAGAGUAAGGAACUGGUGCAGGAAAUGCGUUGUAAAUGCGGCAAGUAAUGGGCAGAGAAAGAAGAACGCUUUGUUGCGUAGAUCUAUUUAAUCUAUCUAACUGGAUAAUUUUUUAUCCAGCUUAUUCCAGAUCAUCUGUAAGACGCUUGGAAUAAAGAAAGCGAGAACUGCUGCAUUACACCCGUAGUCAGAUGGCAUGGUGGAACGAAUCAUUAGAAUCAAAGUAGCCUCUAGCCAUCAAAGAGACUGGAAUAACUUUCUACAUUUGUUCUUGAUCGGCCAUCCAUGAAAUUACACGAAAGUCUUCGGCUUGAAGUGAUCUUGGUUGCCCGCCAGGAACCGAUGUUGCUGUCGAGGAGUACGUUAGGGAGCUGCGUAAAAUGAAUGUCCUUUACAGUCAAGUGUGCAUUACGAUUCAAGAUGCCAGCCCUCAUAUGAAGGAGGCAUGUGAUUGGUGCAACAACAGUGACUUUGGCUUUGAAAGGCUGUGUCACCGAUACUUCAAUCAUCCUGGGAUGAGCCAUACAAAGUUCUGGAAGUCAUGAAAGGUGUUCUUAGACAGAAUACAAAAGCCGCCGCGGGGUAAAGUUGGAGUCAUUCACUUAGACUGACUGGCUCCUUAUUAUAAAAACCACGAAGAUGCUGAGCUGUGGAAAAUUCAACCAGAGUCGGAUUUGACAUUCUAUUAAUUCACGGCUCAUCAUUUUCAUUUCAUUUCAUUCUUAUGGUCGAAAAAGUCCGGCGUGACCUGUGAAGUGCAGCAAAAUCUGUUUACUGCUCCAGGUGAGUAAGCAUAGGUACAUUAUGUCUGGAGAAAUAGCUGCAGUUUUCUGUAGAAAAUUGGAAAAAAUUCAAACGCUGCGUCGGUCUAACCCCAGAGUCGGGCAAGCAUUUUUUAGAUUUUCUACCUAAUAAUUAAAGACUCGUUUUAUCAGAAGCCGGCCUGUAAGGUCCUUUGGGACACUUUGUGUUCUCUAAUGGAGGAGUUGCUUGCCGAAAUUCUGAGAAGCCUAGCAACUCCCAAGCCGACUCGAUAACUUGACUGGAGAGUGAUUCGCAGUAUGUUAGAUGCGGUAUUUAGGUUUAGAGGUGUUCAAAUUCUGGUGUGCUGUUAUACUCCUCAACGUUCUUUUCCGAAGAAAAGCGUAGAUUGUUAUUUUUACAAGAGCUCCUGUUGCAAGAGGGAAACCUUAUACUGAUAUCGACAUCUACUAUCUUUGGGAUCAUUUCGGGACAAAAUGAGCUUAGGUCGGGUGCAGUGUAACAAUAUUGGAAAACGUCGCGAAUAUCAGCUGUUCUUUGUCAUUCCGGAACUAUCGCGAUGACGCAACCAGGCAUACCAGUGGAAUGUUAGCGAAUCUUCCGAAACCAUGGUCUGCCGAGUAUAUAAGGAGUCCACGCCGCUGGGAGGCCAGUUUAAGUCGGAAUACUGGCAUGACUCUUAAAUCGAUAUAAAUAAUAGUAAAUAAAUAUAUCUAGGAUUCAGUAAAAUAAAUCAUUUUUGUGCAUCGAGUGUUUUAAUUCCCAACGAAACGAAUGCUAAAAGUGCUACAGUACUUUUAGAUGAAAAAAUGUUGGUCUUCAAAACGUUAAACCAUAGGAGGCUUGUAUGCCAACAUGAUUUCAUGGUCAAGUUAUUAGGUACGCUCUUAAAAUGCGGUAAUAUUAGAGUUGCACCAAGUUAAACUACUAUCAUGUGUGAAGAGGCUGGUUUUGUCGGUAAUAUCCAGACUAGCAAUGUCUUGAUUAAUAGCCAUACAAAAGCUUUUGAGAAAUUACAGAACUUGUUCCAGAUUUUUUAAGUAUUAUUUGUUCAGGCUGGAGUAUCGAAUAUUAAAAAAGCAAAACAGCAUAAUUUGCGUAUUUUUCGCUUAAAAGUCCAAACUGGUUCGUGAUUGGAUUCUUAUAUGUAAGCAGAAAUGUGUCUUUUUUUAACCAAUCUUUGAUAACCUAUGGAAAAGUGCCAUUGGCCGAUCUUCAUUUCCUCCUUUAUAAAAAGGAAUGAUUAUCGCCGUUUUGAAGCAAUUUGGAAAAAAACCAUUUUGAAAUGUCUUAUUAAUGAAAUUAGUCCGGCGUCAAACAAAUAUGUGUAAUAAUUCUUAUUUGCAUAAGGGAAAUAUAAAAUUGCAUCAUG